CAUCACUGACUCUGACUCCCUCUCAUAUUCAUCAUGCUGUAUCUUCAUUUAGAGCGUCAACAUUUCCAUCACAUGACUGAGAGUGAUUAAAUGGCUGUGACAUGCUUCUUUUGUUUGGUUUAAGGCGGUGACACGUCAAAAGCGCAGAUUGUUGAGCGAGAAGCUUAAAGAGGAUUCGUUUUUAGCACAAAUGUUGUGUGUGGGGGGUGUCAGCCUUCUGUAACAAAACACGCUGAACAUAACAUCCUGGUUCUAAAAUAGCCGUUUUCGCAUGUCGUCAUCUGCUCUAAAUUUGCAGUCAUAUGCAUUUUAAGUGACACAACACAACAGGCUGUGUCAUGGAACUCGGGCUCCGUCUGUCUUCAGAUAUACGCCCCCCAUCGCAUUGUUACGGGAAUAUCCGUGACAUAUUCCACGAGAACGUACAGUAGGGUGUGUGUAAGUGUCGUUUGCCUCACUGAAAGGAGGUCGCGUGAACGCCUGGAGCGCGUGUAAAAUGACGGUCUCGAGUGCAGAACUAGCAACUGCGGGCGAGGAAGGCAGAGCAGAGCCAAAGCUUUAAUAGGAUUGGUCACCAGGCAGUGCAGUGGGGAUUCCUGGGGACUGGUGUCUAACCUAAAAUACUCCUAAAAGAUUUUACAACCACGGCUUUACAACCAACACAUCCAAUGGCAGCAUCCGAGAAAACACUGAUUUACCGAGAAGACACCGAUUCGUUUCAAAACUUGCUUUCCAAACGGGACAUGCGCCUGAUAGGCGCACAAGAAGAGUCCAAUUAUGUGGAUCUGAACGACCUGCUGGAACUGAAAUUGGAUGAUACAAAGACAGUGAAAGUGACAUUUACUGGCGACUCGAGUAAUUUGGAAAUAAUUAAAAGCAUUAGCGGCAUGAACGAUUCACAAGGAGAGCAUAAACCUUGCACUGAAAAAGUAAAAGAAUCUACAUGCACCGUGGAGGAAUGCGUGGAAACAGCAGCAACGGAAAUACUUCAAGAUGAUAAAAACGACUCGAAUUGCACCAUGAAAACAGAGCAAAAGCCCAGAUCACCAAAUUUAGAGACACCGAGCCCAGGAAACAAUAACCAUGGACAAUACGACGAUGUUUAUAUGAGCGGCGAAAGUGAAUCGGACGAUGAAGUCACUGUGGUUCUUUCGGAUCGUGGCACGCCUGAAGUCCGUGAAGACGAAUCGCACUAUAUCACAACUCACGAAAUACAACUUUUGGAGCUGGACCAUGAUGCGGAUUACGACUUGGAGACGGGAUCCACCUGGGAUAUUGAGGACGAUCUCCAGGUCUACUCAUUUGUCGAUUAUGCGUCUUUUGACAGCGAUGAAACGAUAGGGGCAAAAGAGGCGACCAGCAACCAGGCUAAUACGAGCGAAGCACUGGGCAGCAGUAAGCCUGAAUGCAGUUUAUGUGACACGGACAAAUGUGCCAGCUCAGAUGGGGGGCUGUCAAAAAAGCAAAAUACAGCCGGGCACAUUCACCUGUCAAUCAAAGCCACUUCCCGUGCUGUGAAUAAACCAAGCACCAUCCAAGAUCAAGCAAAAGGCAUAAGUCGCCAUGUUUUGAAAGGAGUGGAUGCGAGGGGCGACGCAAAGUGUUUCAUUGCUGUGCCGGGGCGCUUGCACUUUGGCAGCAAACUGAAAAGCAAAGAUGUGAACGAGUAUUCAAGCGGUGCGUCCAGCGCGGUGAGCGAGCUCGAUGACGCCGAUAAGGAAGUGCGCAAUCUCACCGCCAGGGCUUUCAAAAGUUUGGCGUACCCAUAUUUUGAUGCCAUAAACUUUAGUACUUCGAGUGAGUCUUCUGCUUCAGAGCAUGGGCUGGGAAUCAACAGGUGGUCGACAUUUGUUGACCUGAAGUAUGGCAAGGGGCGAGAUCAAAACAUAGUAGCGCAUAAAGGCUCAACAUCCGAUUUCCAUUUCGCCAAAAAGAGGGACGGUAAGGGGAUAACGGGCUUGACUUUGACCAGCAUGCGAGCGCCCCCCGUCGAGAUAUUUGCUCUGAAUGGCAAUUUAGUCAGACACAAAAAGGCGUCGUCCACCGCAAAAAAGACUGAGCUCAUGGGUACGUUUUCGCAUGGCCAAAGUGGCCUCAUAACACUGACUGAAACGCUCGAUUUUCGGUGCAAUGUCAAAUCCGGGCAGCCUGUAAACGAAAGCACAGGAGGAUCACGUUCCACAGAUGAAGUUACAAACACAUUACCAAGCCCUCAAGGGAGUGAGGCCAGCAAGCGACCCUGCAAUGCAGGGGAAACCAUGGAAGACACACACAAGAAAGCCAUAUUCGCAUCGAGUCUCCUCAAAAAUGUCAUUUCUAAGAAAAUGCAGUUCGAGCAGGAGCGUAAAAUGGAGAGGGGUGAGAUAUGUGAGGCGCACCACUCGCCCUCUCCGUGCUUCGGGACGCACGAGGCGCACAGAGAGAAAGAGGAUAAGAAAAAUUCCAAGGGGCUGCAAAGGCAAAGCUCGAAAUUCUCAGAAACUGACUCCGACUUCACAAUCGUCUGCGUGGACGAUCUGGGCGACAUAGUAGACGGUAAUUCAAGCGAUGCCAAAGACGAAAGGCGCAAAGAAGAGACUUUGACGAGAGCAUCAGAAACGAAUUUAGAGUUGGCGAAUGAUACUAAAAAAGGAGCAUUCGAAGCAUCCAAAAGCACGCUGCUUCGAAGCCAAAAUAGCGCGUUUAGAUCGUGGAGGGACGGCGAGCUAGAGUUUCGAAAGGAACAUAAAAACGACAAAAGUUCUGAGGAGAAACCGUUACGCGAGUGUCGGGAGGAAACCAGCUCCAGCGUCGAUUCGGCGAACGGCAAGCACACUAAAAUGUCACAUUUGUUUGUGCCAAGCAUACAGCUUCCAUCCACAGAGACGGACCUCAGGAAACCGCCGCCGAACGCGAAUUCCUCCACGCGCGAUCAAGCAGAGAGCGGAGCUUUGAAGUGGCGUUCGAACACACUCUAUGUAUCAGAUGCCACGCGCAGCGCUAUGACAUCAAAGUCGCCCGAAAUCAAAAUAAGUUUGCGGAGCGUUAAGGACAACAAAAACGACCCCUUCAAUAUCGCCAAGUUACUGACUCCCAAUUUAGGCUCCAAGACAGCUGAGGACAACAGAUGCCAAGCGCUCGCCGCGGCUUUCAAGGGUGAGUCUUCUGACAAAGUGCCUCACUUUGUAGUCCGAGACAUUAGAGAUAACAAGGGCAAGUUACAGACCCCCAUUCACCAGGUUAGAGACGUGCGUAAACUGGUUAAGAGCUCGUAUCACUUUGUGUCUUUAGAUAACAACGACAACAAAUCUAGCCACUCGACUCGUGAUGGAGAGCACAAGACAUUAAAGCAGAGUCCUAAUCAGAACUCAGCCUCUCUGUCACCCAUAGUGAUUAAAUGCCAGUCUGUGAAUACAAACAGCAAUGUGAAGCAAUCUGGAAAUAUAAUAACAGACCUCCCCAAGAGACUUCCAGAGGAUAUAGUUGAGAUUGACAGGUCCUCUCCUCACGUUACUGAAGCUAACAGGGUACCAAAGCAAGAAGUGCCAGCCGGAUUAAAAAUUGAAACAAGCACACAAAAACAAGAUAAAACAAGCGACACAGCCGAGAAGACGAGUGAACCCAAGAUCGCCAACCAGGCUGCUUUGGAAAAAUUGCAAGCUGCUGUCAAAACGAUGGAACAACUGUAUGUUUUUGAUAAGAACGAAUGGAAGAGAAAAAAAGAACCACGACCGAUAACAGAUAGCCACGUGCUCUCACUCAUCACCAGCGAGGAACACAGCGUAGAGGAACAGGAACGCAAUUCUAGCUCCACUCCCGCUGAUAGAUUUCUGAGACAAGAUUCAAACUCAAACCUGAAGGAGGUGGCACCUAAGAAUGACAACAAGUCAUCAACCACUCCUAUCACCAGGGAAGAGCAAAACAGCCCUAAACCAAUCAUGCAGCUCACAGGAACACCAUGUAAAAAUAUAAGCCAGAAGCCAUUAGCAAAAAAAACACAGCAAACAACACAUGUUGCAUCACCUGCAUCUCUGAGCUCCAAAGCUGUUGCACCUAAAUCUCCAAAACUACCCAUUCCCCUGAAGAUAUCACAGCCGAAGUGUGUACUGGAAGAGAGGGAGAGAUCGAAUGGCAGUGAAACAGAGUUCGCCCCAUUGCAGUUCACUUCUACAGCAGAUUCUGAGAACUACUUAACCAUACCAGUAAAGCCUCAAGCAACAUCUGCAAUAAAGCCAACCACCGCUGGAUUGGGCAAAAUGUCUGUUUAUACAAUCCCAGCUGGAGGAGGUAAAACCCAAACGGCCAGUCCGCCUUCUUACCUGGGUUACAGUGGCCAUCCGUCACCAAAACGUUCAUCUUUUGUCAUGGAGAGACAGUCCCCAGAUACUCCUACCGCCACUAUUUACCACACACCCCUGCCUGUCCCAAUACAAGCUGCUCAGCCUCAAGUCAUUUGCUUCUCCCCUACAGUUCAACCCUCCCCCAUCCCAACAGAUCACUUCCAGGCAACCCAGAGAAAGAUGCUGCUGGAUCCCACCACAGGAAGCUACUACUUGGUGGACACUCCAGUGCAGCCAGCAACCAGGCGUCUCUUUGACCCAGAAACCGGGCAGUACGUGGAUGUCCCCAUGCCGCAGCAGCCUCCCAUGACCCCUGUCCCACUGCCAAUAUCCCCUCUUGCUCUCGGCCCAGGAGCUUAUGGCCAUACCUACAUGUUUUACCCAGGAUACAUGCCAACCACGAUGAUCCCUGCAUGUACUAUUCAGUCCCAGCUUUCUAUGCAGUCAGAAGCAGAUGAUGGGAAUAAAUCCAAUUCACACAUGGGACAUCAGGAGGAUGGAGCAUACAUGGAGAGCCCUUAUUACAUGCCAUCUGGGAAGUCCUCACAAACAACCUCUGUGGCUCAACAUGUUAAAACCAGCAGGCUGGCCAACAACAUGCAGCCCGUCAUCAGCAUCACCUCCCAGCAAGGGACAAGGAUCAUCGCUCCCCCCUCCUUCGACGGCACCACCAUGAGCUUUGUGGUGGAGCAUAGGUAAAACCCCACUCACCUUCAGUGAGCCACAUGAUGUCAUCUUUCCACUGAGUUGAUUGCAUUUUUUACUGAACUUAUUUACUAUAUUUUGGAAUCUCCUUCAUCAACUUCAUCAAGAAAUCAUCCACUCUUCUCCCAUUAUAAUUUGCUCCCCACUUGUUUCUCAGUAUUCAUUUUGUGAAUCUAUCAUGUCUGCUUCUCAAAUCUUUAUAGAAGUGGAUGGAUUUUUCUGCAUUGGAUUUUUUUCCCAAAGGUUAUUUGAAUGUGCAUUUACUGUAUGUAAAAUAAUAAUAAUAAUAAAUAAAUAAAUAAGCACCUACAGAAUAAUGUCAGGAAAAUGAGAGAACAACAGCUAGGGAUGCACAGAUAAUAAAAUCCUGGUGAUAAUUAUUUUCAUGUUAUGGAUAUUAAUUAAUAAAUAGCCAGUAUUACAACUCUCACUUUCUAAAGAAAUUAAAACACUAAAAACUAAGUUGAUCAUUUUAAAUGAUAUGAUUAGGCAUCACACCAAUAUAAUAUACAUUAUGAAAAAAUAUUAUUUGAUUUAACAGUAUUAUUAAAUUGUUUGUGAUUUUUUUUUUCAAGAAUAACUUUGAGUGAGCUUUAGAUGAUACUUAAAUCUUAAUGUGAACACAUUUAUAUAACCAAUAUUGGCCAAUAUAUAUCCAAUGUUGGGAUGUAUUGAUAAAAACUGGUCCUUAUGAAAUAGGCACUUAAAUUGACACUGUCGUUAAGGCUGUUAACAGGUUAUCUAUAUAAAACACACUAAAUUUCUCCUGCUGUCCAUCAUUCUUUGACUGAAGUGCUUCUCCUGACCUCGAUUCUUAGCACUCUUCCUUGAGAGAUGCAAUGUGAAAUUUUUUUUACUGUGGUUGUUUUUUUCUGCUGGUAUUGAAUAAACCACAAUUUUAAAACACACAAAAAUGUGUGGAUAUUGUGGUGAAAGGAUUGAUGUUUUAGGGGAUGUUGUAUUCCUCUAAUAUCCCACAGUACCCGUAUAGUGUAUGUGUGUGUGUGAGAGAGAGAGAGAAUGUUUUUACCACUUCAGUUUGAUUUGGUAUUACAGUUUCAUCCCUUUUGGCUGCAGUGAUAAUGGAUCAAGGUCAGGUGAAUUGAUUUCAGUUUAAGAAAUGAAAGACAUUAGCAGAAAUUUAUUGUAUUUUAUACAAAAUGCAGUUUACAAGAUGUACUUAGAGAGUCUGUUUAGUGUCAUAUCAAAUCAUCAAUGUUUUUUUAAAGGAAAAAAAAAUCUACCGAACCUCAAUUUGGACCCUAGGUUUAAUCUUUUUUGAUGCACAAAGCUUGUUUUUAAUUACUUGCUUUAUAGUAUACUUUAUAUACUUAGUAUAUAAAUUCAUUUAUUAUUUCAGCUGUUGGAGCUGCUGGCCAGUCCGUUAAGCUGACAUUGCUAAAGUUUGGUGUGGCAUUGUCUUCAGAUUAAUAAUAAAAAUAACCAUUCACUGACAUGCUAAGUUUACUUAAAGGUAUUAAAUAUAUGUAAAUCUGUGAAACACAACAGCAUAAACAUGUGAAAAUGUUUUUGUUUGAUAUGUGCUUUAUGUUUGUUUCGUUUGGUCUGUGCAAAAAGAUAUUAAAAGAGCUCCUAGUGAUGUGAUGAUCAGGAGUCAGUUGAUGUCAUAAAGAGACAUUUGAGGGUUGAAUGUUCCUGUAAUGGCCUCACUGUUUAAUUAUAAGCAGUCGCUGUUUUAACAACUACUCUUGAUGAAUAAUGUUUAAUGGGACUGAAAUGAUGUCAAAGUUAAGUUGCAAAGUUGGUUCGAAGUAUGUGUGAAGCUGGAUUGCCGGACGAGAAUACGCAUUAUAGCAUCUUAGAAAGAAUAAAGACUGACAUUCUAAACAAAGAAAUGCAAAAAGGGAGAAAUGUUAUCUAAUUCGACAUUACAGGAAAAAUAAAAAAAUAAAUAUUCUUGAUAUCAUCAUUUUGUUGCUGUUUCUUCCUUGUAUUUUUAUUGAUUUAUUUUUUUGAGAAUGCUUCUUGGCCAAUAAACAUGUACU